AAUAUUUAUGUAAUCCUACAAUAUAACGUAGAAGUUACGCGUUGAGGUAUAAUCUAAGACGUAUUUUAAAAGGAAUGAUUGGGAAAGGGAGGGGAUACGGAGAGGGAUGUGAAGGGGAGAAAUGUGGGAGGGGGUGUGCGCGUAAGUGUGUAUGCAAUUUUGAGGCGGUCUCUCUGUAAAAGAAAAAAAUAAGAACAACGAGCUUGUGUAUACAAAAAAUAUGGAAACAAAAACAUGGGAAAAUAAACUGGGAGACGGGAUUUAGUCACUGAAAAACGGAGGGGCAAACAGUUGCGCGGGAUAGUGUAAGUGUCAGCGAUGCGUUUAGUUUUAAGUGCGUCUACCUAAGGGACGGUGUGUGAAGGAGGGACAGGGAGAGAGAGCUGGGAGAGGGCAGGCUGGGGGGUUUGUGGACCUCUCUGCGCUGACUGACACCUCGCGUCUGCACCCUUUAUUAUUAUUUUUGGAGGUGAGAAGAAAACAAAGGGGGUGAAAAAAUAAGUGGUGGGAAGAGGCCUCUGAAUGAUGUGCAUGUAACCCCCCCCCCCUCCUCCGGACUCCGCCACUGGUCUGGGUGGUCCCAACGGAAGAGGGAAAAGCGGCAUAGCAGUCUACCCGAGCCCGGGGAUUCCUGGUACAAAGGUGGGAAAAACAACAACAACAACAGCAGCAACAGCAACAGCACCGCCACGUCUCACUUCCUCCCGCGGGUCUCUGAUGGGAGCCGGGCUGAAGGUAUUUACUGUCAGUUGCAAGUCUGGCAAUUAAAUGUGUGAAGAUCAGCCUUUGCACAAAAACGAGGAAACCAGAAGGUGUUCAGCUGGCAUGUGGGGAAGGACGCCACAAUGGGAAAGAAGGAUCAGGACACCAGGAAUUACAGCAUGAGGGAUGAAACGUGCACUAAGAGGAUCAUGAAUAAAACAUGAAGGGGAUUUUUUUUUAAGUAAAAAAUAUGGAAAAGAAGCAGCAACUCGGAAAAGUGAAAAUGGAUUGAUGGGGGACCAAAGAGUGACUGUUUUAUUUUUUUAUUUUUUAUUUUAAUUUUUUCACAAUGGAAGAGUCCGCUAAAGCAAAUUGAAAUGGCACGAAGAACUGCAGUAGAUUCUUCUUUAAGCAACAGCUGAGAAUGUCAAAUUUUGCUGUGUUGUGUCACUAGAACAAAGCAAAGCAUUUUAUCAGGCUGAAAAAUCUAUCGUGCUGUAUAUCGUACAGUACUGCUGCUAAGUCAUUACAAAACUGUUCUUUAGAUUUAGAAUUUAAAAAAUAACUGUGACAUCUGAUUGUCUAGUUUAAACAUUUUCAGUGCAGUGAAUUUGCAGUGACUAAAUGAUUAAUGUUGGUUUUCCGUAAAAAUCACAAUCAUCACAUUAUUGCAAAAUUUUGUUUGCAUCUAAGUGUUAUUAUAGUCAUUGCUAAGGGUAGUAAGACCUUAAUUUUACUCCUGUUUUCUUCAGUCUACCUUUGUUACAACAAUGAUUUAAUUUUUUUCUCAUUAGUGCCAAACUGCUACAUUUGCUUUAUCAAAAUUACAGCACCUGCAUUUCAUAUUAGUUUGCGAUUGUAACUUAAAUUUGUGUAGCCACAAAUGCAACUUCUACUUUUGUUUAACUUUGCAAAUACAAAGUUAACAUACUAUUUUUUUAUUACUACACCAAUUUAAAAAAAAAAAAAAAACUGCAGCAAUGCAGCUUGCUUGGCUAGGUCUCCAGUGAUCAAUGUGCUACAGCUAAAACUAAUUCUUACAAGUAUUGCUGCUAUGACUGCCAAAAUUGCACCGGCUUCAACUGCAUUUACGACAAAGUCGGACUUCUUCUGCUUGUGACUGAAAUUUUGCCUGUGAUUACAAUUGAGCAUUUUUGUACUGUUACGGCUACGGAAACGGCUGCAGUGUUCUCAGAGUACUCUCACCACAGUGUUGUGUCUUACAGUUUUUAAAUUUUGGCAACGGACACGAGAAACAGUAGAGUUGCUUAUAAUUUAUUCAACAAAGGGGGUUUGGAAAUGCAAAGUUUCCGUGAGAGUUCUGCUCCCCCUACUCCACAUCUGGGGUUCACCAGUGCGAUUGAUGGAGGCAGGGGGGCCUCUUCCUACCUAGCCCAGCCAUUAGGUCCUCAGAACUCCCCAAGAAUGCCAGAGGAGUAUGUGGGGGUCCAACAGCAGCAACACAAUCCUCACUCUAUGAUGUCCCUCCAGAGCAGCCAAGCAGCCCUUAUGCAGGGUUAUGGUUCUCGAGGCAGAGGAGGUGGCAGUGGAGAAGCCUUGCCAUGUGAUGCAAAACAUGGUGGUGGAAACGGCACCAACAGCCCUUAUCGGAAAGACAUGAUGGAUUAUUAUUAUUCAUCGACAAGUAAGGAAGGACACCGAAGAGGGGGCCAAGGAUUAGGUUAUGGGACAGGUUUGGGUUUUUCAAAUAUGGAUGGACAAGUGCCUCACCAGUACCGACCUGUGAGAACCUCAGGUUCUGCUUCUGGGAUGUCUCGCUAUCAGAUGGACUAUGGAGCAAUCGCUGGAUCUGGUGGUAGUAGCAACAACAGUAAUGGUAGUAGUGGUGCUGGAGCCUUUUCUCCCUCCCACCAAUAUAGUCUGGGUCAGAACCCCCCUGUCCAGACUGCAGCAGGACCUCAGAUACCCUUGCGUCAUCAAGCCCCAAAUUAUCCUUCUCAUCAGACUUUACAUCAUGGGCAACUUCAAAGGGGUUAUGCUCUCCCAGGACACCGAUUCCCACCUCCUUUCUCACACUACCCCGCAAAUGCACCCACAGGUCCGGCCGGAGUCUAUAACUCUCUGCCACAAAGAUACCAGAGUGGAAGAAGUGGUGGCAGUUUUGAGAGUAAAAGUAACAAUUCUUCUAGUGCUACUUCAAGUCACAACCUUGGUUUAGCUAAUCACAAUAAUACAGGACUGUUUGACAGUGUAGGGCAGAGUUACCCAAUUUCUGAUUAUUUAUAUAACUCUCAGUCAUCUCAUUCUCAUCCAGCUCACCCAGUUCAUCCUCAUCGACACCCUCAGCAAAGUUUAGGCCCAGGUUAUGACACUCUCAAAACACACCCAUCUAAUUUGUUAAACCAGCCGGGGCUUCCGUACCCUAAACACCCUUCAUCUUCAAAGUCUUCCUCUAUGAAUCUGUCUGUGCCUCAGUUCCCAUCACAUGACGUUUCCAAAUCUCCAAUGCAUUCCCAAACUCAGCAGGCUCAAAUCCAUCAAAACUUUAGCCCAAUCUCCAAUCCAUCUCCAGUUGCUUCUGUUGUGCAGUCACCCAGCUGUAGUUCAUCACCUUCACCAUUGAUGGGUGUCUUAGAAGGAGCAGGCAGCUCUGUUGUACCUCCUACACACUCCCAGUCACAUCCCCCUAUACAAAAAUCUCGAAACAGCCACAAUCGUCUGUUGCAGAUGAUGUCUCAGCUGAGCCCUACACCCAGCUCUAACAGCAACAGCAGUAGUUGUGGCAGCAGUGGUAACAUUAGUACUGCUGGUCUGAAUGCAAAUACAGGUAGCAGUCAUUCUCAAACACGCCUCAGAGUAGGAACCAAAGGAGGGGGAAGUGAUGAACAUUCAUCUUCUUCCUUCUACUCCUCUUCCUCACAUGAUAAGCUAACCUUAGACCCUGGGACCAACAGUUUAAUUGCUCUGUCUUCACAGGUGGCUAAAUUACCGGAUACUGUGCAACACGUGAUGCUUUCUGGUUCUGUGCUAUCAGACAAGAGAAACAAAGAUACUGGGCAUCAAAUUCAAAAACCAAUGCAUGCUAUGCUUGCAGAUCAGCAAAGAAACAGUGAUGUUAGUGCUCCUUGUGGUGCACCGAUAAGGACAGAGCCCAGUAAAAGACCAAAUAGUGGGGGUACCAAUUCUGAAUGUGGAAUAGAUGAGGACUCUCAGCCGCUGGAGAGCCCAAGAGAUGAUGGUGGUGAUGGGGAGGAGCUUUCAGAAACCCCAACUGAGAAGAUGACAACUUUGAGUGAAACUAAGUCAACUGGUAGCUGUCCCCCACCACAGAAUCAAAAGAACCAAGCAGAAGUCAAGUCCCAAAAUGAAGGUAGUCAGGUUUCACCUCUUCCUGAUUCUUCUGCUCCUUCAUCUUCCUCAUUUUCCUCUCACCUUAGUCCAUCUGUACAGCACAGUGCGUUCCUUUCUCCAACGCACCCUCCUUCAACUUCUCUUUCAGUUUCUUCAACUCACUCUCCGACCAUCAUUUCAUCAGCCAAGUCCAGUGUUUCUUGCGUUCAACCUAAAGUGAUGGAUUGUGAACAGUUGAGCAAUAAAAAUGAGCAAGGAGUAAACAAGGGCAGUAAAAUAGCUGAGGGAAAACAUAAUAGUGAUAUUUGUCAAGGAAGAGAAAAAUAUGGCAAAGAGAAAAGGAAAACCAAACAAAAUGAAGAAGAAAGUCACACUGAGGAAUGCACCAAAGAAAAGGAGGGUGAAAUAGAAAAACUGAAAGAUUUUGAACGUUCUAAUGAACCAGGUGUUAAACAGAAUUCUACAGAAACACAUACUGCAGGAGGUGUAGGGGUGAUUGUCUCAACUCGGUCAGAGAUUACGCAGCAGGAAGAACAGUCAAAUGCUGUCAUGUCCGAACCAACUUAUACGCCAGAUUGUCCUAACAACCCAGGAAGUUAUAGCUCUUACUCUAAACAACAGACUCCUUCUCAGUUUUCCUUCACAAAUUCUAGUAACCACAAUGGAGAAAGUAGGGGUAAUCUGACUACUAACCCUUCCCCUCACGGAGCAAAAGUUUCCCCUAAAUCCUCUGUUGAGCACUGGUUAGCUUCUCAUGCCCAUUCUGACACUCAAAAGGCACUGCUUGGUUAUUCUAAAUCACCACAAAAUAGUGGGAUGAAGAACAGUGGGCGACCUUUGUUGAGUGAAGUAGGAAUGGGACCGAAUUUUCAAUUUCAAGAUUACUGCCAACCACAGCGUCAAUACAGCCCUGAAGUAAGAAAGACAUUGGAUAUUGAUGGCCAUGGAAGGAAAGACAUAGGAUCAGUGACUGAAAGGGGAAGAGAUAGCAAUGCUCAAUUGCAGCAACCAUUUCCAAGUCUCUUGCAAGAAGUUCUCCAAGGUUACCACACAGACAAAAAUUAUGGACGUAGUGAAAGAAUUGCUCAGCAAUUCCAAGCAUCUAUUACUCAUAACUACUCCCAUUACAGACAUUCUCAAACUACGAUGGAACAUACAAGGCCUCAUGUCAUGACCAGUCAAGCUAGGAUGGCUAUGAACCAUCUUAUCCAGACUCAAACAUCAGCCUAUGAAAAACUGUACCCUCUUAAGGAGAGACAUGAAAGUGAGGUUUGCAUAGGGCAGGACCCCCCUGUCUGUUCAUGGGGUACUGUAGGAGUUGGAACAAAAAGAGCACAAUGGAAUCAUUUAGAUAAGUGCAAAGUGGAAUCUCCAAGUCACUCUACCUCAACCAUGCCACUGUCUGCUGACCUUUCAAUACUGCCUCAUUCCAGACACAUCAAUUUGGCCGACUACUCCCUACCUUCCAGGAAACUUUCUUCAAACCAUUCAAGCCCCUCUUCUGCAGUACAGCAGCUGCUACUGCAGGAGACUGACCAAAUACGCCACAGUGGAAUAACAGUGGGACAGCCUCAGAACACGUCACUGUCUGAGCGCCGUUCAGUUAUCUGUGACAUUUCACCAUCUUGUCUUGCUACUCCUGAUAGAGAACUUGAUGGAGUGAAAGGAGAGAGAAGUAAUUGUGAGUCACAAAGUGAGUGCAAAGGAACUUCUGUCAUUCAGCAAUCAGUCACGUUCUCUGCAACAGUAGAUAAAGGGAGCACUAGUAACGGGCAGGGCGUAAAAAGGGAAAUGGAGCUAGAGGAAAAACAGCAGGAUAUUAAAAAAGCCCAUCAUCUUGAAACAUCAGUUAAAAAUGAUUCUCCCGCUAAUGAAAAUGUCUCUGAACAUGACAAUGCAUCCCAUCAACCACAGGACAAAAAGCCAUUUAAGGAUGGAAGAGUUAAUUCAGAAAAAUUAACCCCUUAUCAGCCCCACCAUCCUCCACAUUCACACUCGAACACUCAUUCAUCACCAGCCUCAUCAAGGUUCCAGUCCUACUUUGAAGGAUCAGAGGAAUCCAACCAUUCUGCUGUGACUGGUGGAUUUGGGUUUAAAGACAGAAGAAAGGAGACUAACAAAACUCUUCAACAUCCACACCACCUUUCCCCGCAUCAUAAUUUUCCUUCUCUUUCUCAAGCACAAAACCCACAGUCUGCUGACAAGUUACAGAUGUAUCUUCAGUCCAAUUCCAGUUCUCUCCGAUCUUCUCGUAGUUCAGAUGGCUGGGCGGCUCCAAACAAUAUUCAGAAUUCUUCUAAAGACGCGACGUUUCCAGGUUCUGGCCAACAACAAAGCCAUCUAGCUACCGAUCAGCGGCAACUACCAAAGACAUCUCCCCAUGGAAGCUUUUGCGAGAAAAUGCAGGACCAAACAUCUGAAAAAGAGAAAGAAGGAAAAAGGGAAGAAGAAAAUAUUCAAAGACAACAGCAACCUCCUCCGUCAGUUCUACCUCUGGCCCCACCAACAGAGACAAAACAAUUAGAGUCAAAUCCCUCCAGAGUAGAAUCACAAAAUAUUUUAAAAUCACUUCAUGGAGCGUCUGAUAAAGGAGGCAGUAGUAGUAAAGGCAUUAAUAUAACGACUCAUGGUAAAGCCAGAACAGGGAGCUCUGGAGAUACAAAUCCAUUAAUGAUGAGAAGAAGGGUUCGUUCUUUUAUCUCCCCAAUUCCUGCAAAACGACAGCACCAGGAUGUGUCUCAGCAGCAGCCAGGGACCCCUAGUCAACACUCCAAUAUUGUACUCAGUUCUGCAACCAGACAUGUUUCUUCUGGUCUCUCUAGUCCAAAUGCAGCUCUCUAUAAUCUGACCAAUCAGAAAACACAUUCCACCACACCUCCUCAAAGUGAUUCUCCAAAAUCUCCAUCUUCUUUUGUUAAAACAAAAAUUCUUCCACCCAGGAAAAGCAGGGGUCUGAAACUGGAGGCAAUAGUGCAGAAAAUUACCCCCACUCUUAAAAAAACAGCUAAUACUCAUAGUAAUAUCAGUAUGGAUUCAGUAUCAAAUCAUUUGUCUCUGACAGAAAUACCUUCUUAUGGCCCUGAUACCCAUGACCAUGACUCUACAGAUGGAGUUUUUAUAAGAGCUGGAGCUGAGUCUGAGAAUUGCCUGACAUACCUGAGCGAGGGUCUCUCUUUAGACGACAUCAUAUCGUAC